AUGAAAGAUACAGUAACUUCGUCUUUGCCGCCUCCUCCGGAUUAUAACGAAUCCCAAGUUCCCCCGGCCUCGGCCGCUGCUGCCGCUGCCGCUGCGAACCCAAACCCAACCUCUUAUUACCAAAGCGAGGAAACUCGAGACUUUAUCCCAGAUGAUUUCAAAUAUUCCGUGACCGUGACGUCCUGCGAGCCCCGAAUCCGUCGCUGGUUCAUGCGCAAAGUGUAUACGCUGCUUUCGUGCCAGCUGGUUUCGUCUUUCGCGUUCUGCUUCUGGGUCAGUCGCUCCCCCAAAAUUCAAGACGCUAUUUAUCGUCACCAAGUACUGUACGUCCUUGUCGCUUUGGCCGGCUUGGUCAGCUGUGUCUGGCUCACUCUGGCUCCCAGGGCAAGUGAUUACGACGAGGAGUACUCGGGUUUGACCUCGGAAACCCAAGAAACUCAGGGUACAGCAACACGCCCGGCUUCUAGACAGCCAUGGUAUUGCUUGUCGUACCGCGGCCAGUUGAUACUGCUGGCAUUUUUCACGCUUUGUGAGGCCUAUACGCUUUCCCUGGUCACUCUGGUGUACGACCCGCGCACUAUCUUAAGUGCACUUUUCAUCACAGGCACUGUUGUGGUGGGUAUCACCGCUAUGGCUCUAUCUGACAGGUUCGAGACUACCGUGACAGCCUCCAACACGAUCUACUACUGGCUGAAUCUCGCUAUGUGGCUGCUGAUAGGUAUUGGAUUCUCAUCAAUAUUUUUUGGCAUGAAUGCGAAAGUGGACUUGUUGUACAGUUGGCUGGGAGCCGCGGUGUUCACAGUAUACCUGUUCAUCGAUACACAGCUCAUCUUCCGCAAAGUUUACCCCGAUGAAGAAAUACGCUGCGCGAUGAUGCUUUACUUGGACAUUAUCAAUCUGUUCCUGUACAUUCUGCGGAUCUUGGGUCGCAAUCGGGAAGACUAG